CUUUCAAUAAUCUCUCUGUGCAGCUUGUAGUUUAGUGUAGAGCUAGAUGCAGCUUUUGCAAGCGGUUUCAGCCAUUUUUAAAUCUUUAUUAAAUACUUAAACUAUAGAAACACAUGAAUCUUAGGACAACUUGCUGAUUUAAGUGUUUUUUUUUUAUCCUUUAGAUGAUUAUGGAUGCAGUUCCAGCAGUGCAAAAAAAAAGGAGAAGGGAUUUCAUACCUUACUUUUUGGGUUUUGUCCUUUUUUUGUAUGCGUCUGUUCAUCUUAUAUCAUUUACAGCAAAAAGAACUCAGGAAAACUACCCUACAAGGGUGCGUCGGGCUCUUGAAAAUGAAACAGAAUGCAUCGCGCCACAAGCCUCUGAGUUUCCUGAAGGCUUCUUCACGGUGCAGGAGAGGAAAGACGGGGGCCUUGUCAUUUAUUUUAUGAUCAUAUUCUACAUGCUUUUGGCUGUUUCCAUAGUCUGUGAUGAUUACUUCCUGCCUUCUCUAGAAGUAAUAAGUGAACGUCUGGGACUGUCUCAAGAUGUGGCAGGAGCUACAUUUAUGGCAGCAGGGAGUUCUGCACCUGAACUGGUCACAGCUUUUUUGGGUGUGUUUGUGACCAAAGGGGACAUUGGUAUUAGCACCAUUGUGGGGUCUGCUGUAUACAACCUGCUUGGAAUCUGUGCAGCCUGUGGACUUUUGGCCUCUAUGGCAGGGUGUCUCACCUGUUGGCCUCUGUUCAGGGACUGCCUGGCAUAUGGAAUCAGCGUUGCUGCCGUUAUAGGGAUCAUUACCGAUAACAAGGUGUUCUGGUAUGAAGCAGCCAGUCUACUGCUGGUCUAUGGGGUCUACAUUGUGGUUCUGUGCUUUGACCUCCGCAUCAGUGAGUUUGUCCUAAGGAAGCUGAGCCCAUGCUGCACCUGUCUUGGUUCGAAUUCUGUUGAAAAACCUGAGACACAGCCUCUAAUGGGUUGGAACGAUGACAGCAGCCUUCGAGUCCGCGUACGCUCCAGAACAGACAGUGGUAUCUUUCAAGAUGAUUCAGGGUAUUCUCACCUGUCGCUCAGCCUGCAUGGCCUCAACGAGAUCUCUGAAGAUCAAAAAAGUGUUUUUGCUGUACCAGAGAGCGACCUAAAAAGGAUCUUAUGGGUUUUGUCUCUGCCAAUCAUCACUCUACUCUUCCUCACCAUUCCUGACUGCAGACGACGUUUCUGGAAACAGUGGUUCAUGAUAACUUUCCUUAUGUCAGCAGUCUGGAUCUCAGCUUUCACAUAUGUGCUGGUCUGGAUGGUCACUGUUGUAGGGGAAACCCUCAGCAUACCAGAUACAGUUAUGGGACUCACUUUGCUUGCUGCUGGAACCAGUAUACCCGACACUAUAGCCAGUGUGAUGGUGGCUAGAGAAGGGAAAGCUGACAUGGCCAUGUCAAACAUAGUGGGCUCCAAUGUUUUUGACAUGCUGUGCCUGGGCCUACCUUGGUUCAUCAGGACUGCCUUUGUGGACACCAACACCCCAGUAGAGGUCAACAGUACCGGACUGCUCUUCAUUUCAUCCAUCCUACUUAUGUCCAUUGUCUUCCUCUUUGUGGCAGUGCACAUCAACAGCUGGAGGCUGGACUGGAAGUUGGGGAUUGUUUGCCUUAUUUGCUACGUCCUGUUUGCCACACUGUCGAUUUUAUACGAGUUAGGGAUUAUUGGGAACAAUCCCAUACGACUGUGCAGUGAUUGACACCUGACCUUCUCAGGAUUGGAAGCAUAUUUCCUGAGACUAAAAGCCCAAACAGCUUUAAAAAAAAAACAAAAAAAAAACGUUAAGCUGCUGAGAUCAAGAAAUGUCAAGGAGCAAUGGCACCAGUUAAAAUACCACGCCAAAGUACGCCAGCUUGGCCAUGACUCUAGACUUUACGUAAGAUUUAACAAAAGGUGAAAAUGUGUUAAACUCGAAUAAAGUGUCAGCUGAUAAGAUUUUAUAAGUAGGGUUGACGAGUCAUAAAUGGUAAAAAUAAAGCUCUACUCAUCCCAUUACAAACAGCCUACUCCCUGACAAGUCAAAGUCAUGUUUAUGAGUAAAAAUAAAAAUCGACAGAGGGAUUAUAACAAUGGGAGUUGACCCCCCCUCCCACACACACACCAAUGUACAAAGCUGUGCAGUUUUUUUGUGCUCUGAAAUAUCUAUGAUAAACUCUGUGAAGGUGACAAACAGAAGAGCUGAGGAUCGACACGCAGGUUGAAUAAGUUUACAAGCAUAAAGUUUAAAAAUUAAAAAGUUUAUUUCUUCAAAUAAACCUCCUGACAAAUUAUAACUGGGUUUAUAAAACAAAGGUAAAACAGCUAGCGGCAGUAUAUAAACAAAAAAAAAAAAAAUGAAACCAGGGACACAGGAAAUAAUAGUGUUUUUAAAACAAAACAAUGAUUGGUACGGGGCCUCAGUGAAAAGUGUUGCUGGAGCUUCUACAAGGUCCCUAAGCGUUGCGAUCAAUGCGGACAUCAACCUCUCGACCAUUGAUCUUGGUUCCAUUCAUCAUCCUGCAGGCUUUCUCAGCGCUCUCUGGAGAAUCAAAUCUCACCGUCCCACAACCCUUUGACCUUCCGUUCUCCAUUUUGAUCUCUGCAAACAUUACAUGACCUGUUGGAAAAAAAAAAAAAAGAAAGAGCAGCAAUGAGUGAUCCCCAGCCAGAAUCGUCCAUAAUAAGGGAUGUUAAGGCUGCACCUGACAGAUUAGUUCAUCAAUCAUGAUGAAAUGUCAAAGGAGUUUAUUAGACAAAAAAAA